AUGAAAUCUCUAGCUAUUGCUGCUCUGAUCGGAGCAGUAAGUUGCAAUCAUCAGCACACUGUCAAUCAAGAGUAUUAACAUAAAAUGCAUGAUGCAAAUUUUAGGGCUCCUCAUAUGCACAACGAAAAAUCCUUCCUCUAGGCCGAUGAUGGUCUCACAGUCAGAGGAGGAUAAAACUGUGAUGACUGGGGUCAGAUAGAUUUACCUAAUCACCUCUAUAUGUUUAAUAACAAAUGGGGCAAGGGUCAAGCCACUGGAGACAGCUGGUAAUGCGUUCAAGAUAAUAAAGUAGACUACAAAUGGACUACUCAAUCUGGUGGUAACACUGUGAAGGCCUAUCCUGCCAUGAUUGCUGGGUGGCACUAUGGAUACAAGUACGGUGAGGGUGUUGGAGGACUUCCAGCCAGAGUUUAUGAGACCCCAAGACUGAUGACGUCUUGGCACAUUAGCCAUGAUAAAAAGUAAGAUUUUGAGUAACUCAACACCUCUUGGGACGUCUGGCUCGGAGGAAUUGAUGAAACCAACCCAAAGAACCCAGGAGUCGAGGUCAUGAUCUGGAUGAACCACGUUGCCCAAUACCCAAUUGGAAGCAAGAUCGACACAGUCAACAUCUGGGGAAUGAACUGGGACCUAUGGUAUGGAACCAUGUCAGGCGGUGGUGCUUCUUGGGAAGUUUUCACCUUCAGCAACCAACAAGGUAUCUGGAAUAUCGACAACCAAAACUUAUUUGAUUUCUUCAACCUUCUCUGGAAGAGAAACAGAUUAGACGGCAGAAGAUACAUUGUUGGUGUUGAAGCUGGAAAUGAAAUUAUGGACGGAGAGGGCUCAUUCUCUUACAGCUAUGAUUUCAAGGUCAACCCAUGA